GCAGAAUGGGCUGUAGUUUAGUGAAAUAGGAAAGCUGCAAAAAACACUGGAGUGUUCCCGUGUAAAUAAAAAAAAAAAAAAAGUUUCUCAAGUCGCCGCUGCACGACGUCGGGCCAGCGCCGGGGCAGGGGUCUGCGCUUUCCCGAGCGGCCGCGCGCUGGACUUUAUUGUGCCGCAACCAGCCCCCUCCCCGGUUCCCAUUGUGUGUGUGUGUGUGUUUUCAAAAUAUGGCAAAGGUUCAGGUGAACAAUGUAGUCGUGCUGGAUAACCCAUCUCCUUUCUACAACCCGUUCCAGUUCGAGAUCACCUUCGAGUGCAUCGAGGACCUGUCUGAAGACUUGGAAUGGAAAAUUAUCUAUGUGGGCUCUGCAGAAAGUGAAGAAUAUGAUCAAGUUUUAGACUCUGUUUUAGUGGGUCCUGUUCCUGCAGGAAGGCAUAUGUUUGUAUUUCAGGCUGAUGCACCUAAUCCAGGACUCAUUCCAGAUGCAGAUGCAGUCGGUGUAACAGUUGUGCUGAUUACAUGCACCUACCGAGGUCAAGAAUUCAUUAGAGUUGGCUAUUAUGUAAAUAAUGAAUAUACGGAGACAGAAUUAAGGGAAAAUCCACCAGUAAAACCAGACUUCUCUAAGCUUCAAAGGAACAUUUUGGCAUCUAAUCCAAGAGUCACAAGAUUUCACAUUAAUUGGGAAGAUAACACAGAAAAACUGGAAGAUGCAGAGAGUAGUAAUCCAAAUCUACAAUCAAUUCUUUCAACAGAUGCAUUACCUUCAGCAUCAAAGGGAUGGUCCACAUCAGAAAACUCACUAAAUGUCAUGUUAGAAUCCCAUAUGGACUGCAUGUGACCACCUGCCAUCCCUUUAGUACAAAUUAAUCUAUAAAAAUAUACAGAACUAUUUCCCUGAAAUUCCGUAAGUACAUAGUCAAGACACAAUGUGAAGAAUUUGUUUUAAAAACAUCCUGUAGAAAGUUUAUAAGAAAACCAGUAUUUGAGCAAAUUGUGGACUAUAAAUACAACUAUUUUUAAGUAA